UAGCUUGUGCCACAAGUGAAACAAACCAAACCCUAAUUUUUACCUUUCAUCAAUCAAUUACAGAUCCAUCUUCUUCUUUAUAAUAAUAUUACUAUUUAAUUAAUAAUUAAUAAAACAUCAACAACUAACGACACUGAUUAAUCAAACGUUGUCGUCGUCGUUUGUUAAACAGAAAGAUGAACGGCGGCCCAUCUGGUUUCAAUAAUGCACCGAUCACACGAGCAUUUGUAAUUGCGUGUUGUCUGUUUACCAUCUUUUUCGGGAUCCAAGGCCGGUCUCAUAAGCUCGGUUUAUCGUAUCAGGACAUAUUGAAGAAGUUUCAGUUAUGGAAACUGAUUGUUUCAGUUUUUGCAUUUUCAUCUACGCCAGAGCUGAUGUUUGGCGCUUAUCUUCUUUACUACUUUCGUGUGUUUGAACGACAAAUAGGUUCUAAUAAAUAUUCCGUAUUCAUCACGUUCUCUAUAGUUGUGUCUUCACUGCUACAGCUAUGUGCUCAAGCAUUUCUUAAUGAUCCUGCCUUAAGUCUACUCACAUCUGGGCCCUAUGGCCUCAUAUUCUCUUCAUUUGUACCAUUCUUUUUUGACAUUCCAGUUUCGACACGGUUCCGUGUAUCUAGCCUAUCUUUCUCUGACAAAUCUUUCGUCUAUUUAGCAGGGCUUCAGCUUCUAUUGUCAUCCUGGAAAAGAUCCUUAAUACCAGGCCUAUGUGGCAUCAUUGCUGGUUCUCUAUAUCGUUCAAACGUGCUACGCAUCCGUAGGCUUAAGUUCCCUGGGUUCAUAGCUUCCUUCUUUUCAAGCCUUUCUUUCCCAUCUGUCGGUGGUGUAUCACCUGCUCCACCGGCAAGAAAUGCACCAUCCUUUGUUGCUCGUCAAGCAGAGGGUAAUUAUCAUGCUCCAGUGUCAUCUGGCCUAGAGCCACCUGAGGAUUCUAUUUCAACAUUGGUUUCAAUGGGGUUUGAUAGGAAUUCGGCAAGACAGGCUCUUGUUCAUGCCAGAAACGACGUCAAUGUUGCCACUAAUAUUCUUCUCGAGUCACAGGCUCAUUAACAUAUUCUGCAUCCAUUUUUGAGCUCAAUGAUAGGAUGGUCUGCUCGUCUAGAAUACACAAGUUGUUCAUGGUAAUACCUUCGAGGGUUUAGUUUCUUUUUAUUUACCUGUUGUUCUCUUUUAUUCAUAGCAAUGUGUAUACUCCUGAUACUAGAAUCUCUUAGGAUCAAUUGUUGGAGACUAGACCAAAUGCUCUUUGAACAUAUCUAAAAUGUAUAGUUGCAUUGCCUGCUAAAUAUAUCCAACCGACUUGUUCCCGUGAUUUUAA